AUGAUGAAUUACUUCAUGAUUCUGGCAGUACUUCUUCCCCUGAGGACUUGCUACGCUACAUACUCAAAUGAAGACUCCCUUGUGUUUCCAAUAACAUACCUUAACAUUUCCAAGGAUUCGACACUUCAGCAACUGCUUGUGGAAUGGGAUGUUGGUAAUUCAGCUCAUGAUGCUGAACUUGCAAUGUCUUUUGAAAUACAAGUCCGACGAGAUGAUGAAAAUACUAUUGUGUGGACAGAGUUUCAUAACAUCACACUUGAUAAAUCAGGAAAGCCUCUUCAUUGGAUAUGGGAUUCAGACUUACCUUUGGAGUGUAUGUCACACUCAGUGAGAAUCAGGAGCAAAGCAGAGGCAUCAAAAAUUUGGAGUCAGUGGAGUCUGUGGGAGAAUGUCCUGGGUCUGGACACUUCAAAUAACAGUGGACCACAAAUCUUUCCAAACGAAAAAAUUGUAGAAGAAGGCUCUGACAUCACUUUUUGCUGCAUUGCACGGAAAGGCCGGAUCAUUAAGGAAUUAUUUCUAGAGCCUGUUGCUCAUAAUUUCAGUCACAUAAACAGUCAAGUUGGACUUCUCACUGUGAAAAGUGGGGUGUAUCAACAGAGGCAUCACAUGACUGUCUACUGUCAAGAGUCUUGCAGUGAAGAUGAGUGCUUGGAGUCCGCAGUUUUCUUAGUGGGUAAGCCACCUGAUACACCUAAUGAUUUUUCCUGCCAAACUCAAGACAUGAGAACAGUCACAUGUACUUGGAGCAAAGGAGAAGAUACCUACCUUUAUGGACAUAAUUUACCAAAAUACACCUUGUUUGAAGAGCUUUCAAAGAAAAUGCUUCCAUGCACUGUGAGUUGUUCUGAGCAGUGCUCGUGUUCUUGGGACAUAGGCCAGCAGAGAUUCUGUAACAUCACAGUGACUGUGGAAAACCCACUGGGAAAGAAAACUGCCUCGGAUGUGUUUAAUGUAACUCACAGAAUUUAUCCCACUGCACCUUUUCAGCUCUGGGGAAAAUGCACAGACACAGAAAUCACUUUAUAUUGGAACCAUCGAAACAAAGGAAUUGAACUCUUUUGUCAGACUGAAGUCGUCCAGCCUGAUGGGAAAGUAGAAUUGCACAACAGUUCAGACACACAUCUCCAUAGUGCCAGCAUGACUCUGGGUGGGCUGCAGCCAUACACUGAAUACACAGUUAGAGUACACUGUGGGGCAGCUAAGCAUUUCUGGAGGUGGAGUGAAUGGAGUGAAGCCCAAACCAUCAGAACAAAAGAAUCAACUCCAUCAGGGGAACUGGACAUCUGGAGAGAAAUUACACCAGUUAUGGGGGGGCGGAAUGUCACCUUGUUCUGGAAGCAAGCAGACAGUUUUCGAGCAAAUGGAAGAAGUAUUUCAUAUGAAGUAACCUGGGAAAAACUAGAAGAUGGCUCUAAGUCUGAAAUCAUCUCCUUUUCAUCAGUCUACAAUAGGACAGGGAUUUUCAUUGAUAACCAUUCCUACAGAAUCACUGUCAAGGCAAAGAACAAUGUCAAUUAUUCACUUCCUUCAGUAUUGAUCAUUCCUAGAGCUACAGGCCCUGAAGAGCCUAAGGAAGAACAGGUCAAUGGUACGGAUGAUGGCAUUUUUAUUUCCUGGGAGCCCAGACACAUGUAUGACAGUUACAUUAUUGAUUGGUGUAACUUUCCAAGACUGCAGCCUUGUGAUUUGCAGUGGAAGAGAUUUGGGCCCAAUGUUUCCAGUGCUCUGAUCAACUCAGCUGCUUUUGUUCCUGGGGUGAGAUACAGCUUCCGCGUCUAUGGAUCUGUUGCUAAUAGAGCCUCCUUACUGGAGAAGAAGACUGGUUAUUUCAGGGAGUUACCUCCUGUCUCUGACCCUGUUGUGGAAAAGAUUGAACUGACUUUCAAUGCAGUAACACUGUCUUGGGAUUCUUACCCCACAAAUGAGUCACAGUCUGGUUUUGUAAGAGGCUACCAUGUUUAUUUAUCACCUACACAAGAGGACUGCAGUUUGGAAGGAUCAAAAAAACAUGUUCUUCAAGAUGAUUCAGUGCUAUGUAAAUACACAAUUGAAAACCCAGAAGAGAAGAGAUACACCGUGAAACACCUAUUGUCAAACACAAAAUACAAGCUAGUGGUUAAAGCAUAUACUGGUGGAGGAGAAACCCCCAUUGUUAACUUUAUAUACAUAGAUACACCGUUAAACUCAAACAUGCUGUACCUUCUAGCCCUGCUAGUGAUAGUUCCAUCACUAGUAGCAGCUUUGUGCUGCUGGAAGAUGAAGUGGAUGAAGGAGUGCUGCUGUCCUAUAAUACCUAGUCCUAACAAGAGCAAAGUGCUGUCAUUCAAAGAGUUUAAGAUUGGUUCUGAGAAAGUACUGAAAAUAAGUGACUGCAUUCCUGACAUGCUAACAAUGGACAAUAAGGCUGAAGCCCAGAAAUUAAAUCUAUGGAACCAGCUGCCUUCAACACCAACAGAAGAUAAGAUUAAUAGCCACAAUUCUUCCUGGCUUUACCCUAAAGAAAAUGAAGAAAGAGAUUUUACAUCCACAUCUACACCUCAGACCCGUACCUGGUUUGAAAAUUUUGCUUAUUCUUCUCAUCUUGCAGGUGACUCUGGUCCCUAUCAAAUACUGGAGACACUAGAAGAAAGCGUGUUGGGACUGUCAGAAGUUUUGUACCAGCCACACCACUACUUAGGUAUUUUAAACGAAGAUGCUGUCUCAACACCCAGAGAAACAGCUGGCAGAAAGACCAGUCCAAGAUAUAUUUCACACACAGAUGUGCACUGCCUAGGGAGGAGGCUUUGA